GCGCAGAGUAACAGCCUUGCGUGGCAUAAGGACAUCGCUUGCUUCUCCUGUUAUCCGUGACAUCAGCAGCUCAGGGCUAGUGGCUUCGGAUGCGUCCGAUGAAGCGUCAUAGGAAAGCCGGAACUCAAGCAGCGGCGCACGCAUCUUGAACCACGGAGACGGAACAACAGCUGGGGUUGACGUCGGAGCAUUCGCUUGAGUACACGAGAAGGUUUUGCGAAGUCAGCCUUCGUCAGUCACCAGUCCGCCCCACAUCGGAGAACCUCAAAAGCCACAGCGUUCUGCCAAGGCAAAAUUUUAUAAAACCUGAGCCACUUGCAGCCGACAUUGAAGAGCACCUGGACGCAGCACUCUUCUACCAUGAAGGCUAGAAUCCAGGAUGGAAUAGUCUAUUCACCUUAUCCAAGCGCUGACGUUCCCCGAUGCUCCUUCUUCGAGGCUGCAGAGAAGGCGCUUCUUCUCAAUCCCGACAAGACGGCACUGGUUGACGAAUCGCAGAGCCUGACCCGUCGAGAAUUCUUGAUGAGGCUGCGCCAGUACUGCGCUGGUUUUCAAAAGCACGGCGUCCGACCGGGUGACCGAGUCUGCGUUCACGUAGGAAACAGCGUGGAAAGCUUCGUCGCCAUGUGGGGCUGCGUUGCCGCUGGGGCAAGUGUUGUCCUCGCGAAGCCUUCGCUUACGGAACGUGAACUGCGCUACCAGAUAACAGACAGCGACAGCACACACAUCCUCGUGGAACCAGAACUCGCCGAAAAGGCUGCCAGGGCAGUUGGCGGCCUGAGUCUCAAAGUAAGCCGUAUUUUUCUCCGCUGCGUUGCUGCCUUGAUAUGCUUAUGUCUCCCUAUGCCAUUCCGAGCGAAAUAAGGCCACGUUUUGUGC